AAGUUUAAUUUGACUCUAAACACUAGCCCAUGACUCCUGAUUUCCUGUCGAUUAUAGUCAUUACAACAUUUCUUAAUUGCUUGGGAUUUAAGAGGCUACAACAUAAAAGAUACAAUUUUUGAUAUGUUAAUAUCUCACCUGCUGCUGUUGGUCACCAUGUUGUCCUUCCCUUUGAAUGAAAGUCCAAUGGCAAGUUUUAUUGCUUGUGAAUAAACUGUGAGGAGUUUGACGUGGUUAAGUUAGCCAGAGACAACGAGGUGGAGGAAAACACUCUUGUGUCACUAUCCACACUUCCUACCAUUUACAAGCAUUUCUUGUAGGCCUUCUGUCUAGGCCUGGCCAAUAAAGAGGCUUUUGGUGGAAGCCUUUUGUUGUUGGUCCCAGAUCAAUCUUGAUGUUGUUCAUAGGAUGCAUAAAGCUAGGAUUUGACCUGGGAAGGCUGAUCUGAGAGCAGGCCAAAAGGACAUGUUUUACCCAGAGCUAAUAAAGUAGCAUGGACAGCACCUAGCUUCCUGCAGUAAUAAGGGAACAAACUGUUUGGGUGAUUAACACCUCAUGAGGCAUAUGUGGGGGCAGAGGAGACACUUAAGCUUCUGAAGUGAGGUUCCCCCCUUCUCCCUAAAAACAGGAAAGUGGAGUUCCCAGACACCUCCAUGACCAGGACAAGGCCCAAACUGUGAGACAAGAAAGCAGAUCAAAGAGCAUCAGAUUGAUGUUCUAGCCAACAUACACACCUUUUUCAUGUGAGAAGAGGGUGGGCAUCCACCGGGGAAGAGCUCCAUCACAUCACAUCGCAUCACAUGUCCACAGCUGCCUGCUGCACUCAGAAUCCAGAGUGGUCAGAGACUCCAGCUUCAAGGCCAUGUACGUCCAUGAGGACUACCCUUAUCCACUCAAUCCCCUGACCAAGACCUAUGGAUACUAUCCACAAGGACAGAUGAAUUCAGUUUGCCAGCCAAGCUGUGGUGAAGCAGAGCUGAUGUCACUUCCGGUUCAUGCGGCGCUUCAGGGGCGAGAACUGUGGGACAAAUUUAACAAAGUUGGCACUGAGAUGCUCAUCACUAAAACGGGCAGACGCAUGUUUCCCAGCUGCAGAGUCACAGUGAUGGGGCUAAACCCCAAAGUCAAGUAUGUGCUGAUGAUGGACAUGGUGCCGUUUGAUAAUAACAAGUACAAGUGGAACAGGGAUCACUGGGAGGUGAGCGGCAAAUCCGAACCUCACCUGCCAAACCGCUUCUUCAUCCACCCGGACUCACCCGCUUUGGGAGAAAGGUGGAUGCAGUAUCCUAUCUCCUUCCAUAAACUCAAGCUCACCAACAACACACUCAACUCUAAAGGCCUGGUGGUGCUUCAUUCCAUGCACAAAUACCAGCCUCGUCUACACAUAGUUCAGUCUCCAGACCCCUGUGGAGGCCACAGUGGUGGUUACCUGCGAUUUACCUUCCCAGAGGCAUCCUUCAUAGCAGUCACAUCCUACCAGAACCAUGAGAUCACCAAGCUGAAGAUUGACAACAACCCCUUUGCCAAAGGCUUUCGUGACAACGGACUUAGCAGGAAAAGGUUUAGAGACAAGGAUAUGCAUCAGAAAUCAGUUUCAGGGCAGCAACAGAACAGGACACAAAAUCACCAAGCAAGUCUACUGGACACGGAUGAUGAGGAAGAUGAACAAGUCUCCAGCUCAGUGGAGUCCGCUGGUGCACUGUGCCUACCGCACAUGAAAGCUGCGCCCAUGCCUGUCUCCAACCCUUUCUUAUCAGCAUUUAUGAAGAGUGGAGGUGCUGGAUUGGCCUGUGGCCAGGAGGAACUGAGCCAGAGCACCAUUUCCCAUCAAUCCCAGCAUAUGCUCAACAGCAAGAACAGAGACUCCAGGAGGCCUGAUGACAAUCUCCAGUACAUGUGUGCCUCUUUGCCAGAAGCCCACAGCACCCGAAUCCCGAUGCCACAGCAGCAGCCAUGUCACAGCCCAGACAUCCAGACCCCAGCCGUACUCCAGAUUUACUCAGCCCAAGCCAAACUCCACCAGUCCCUCCAUCUGCCACCCAAACUCAGCCGAAUGCAGCUGCCUGAAAGUGUCUUUAGGAGUCUGGAUUCCAAUCCAAAGCCCCUGUCUGACAUUUUCAACACAAUCCGGGCACGAGUGGUGGCCAAGGAUUCACAAAUUAUUCCCCAGCACGAGCAGACGGCCUCAGGCUCAAAUAGAGAAGAGAAAGCCCUGAUUUUCCCAGCUGUCCAGGACUGCGGUGCGACAUUUUGCACUGAACAAUACACUGGCCAUGCAACAGAGUGGCCUGCUUUCAAUGGGAACACAGGGCAGAGUAGCACUGAGCCCAGAUCAGUGGCAUUUUCACAGCUGGGGGAAUACACUGGAGAAAGUGCUGCUGGGAAAUAAAGAGAAUAAGGACUCAGAUAAAACAUCAGUAUUCUUCCUCUGAGCAUUUUACAAGACAUGAAUAUACUGGGAAUUUUUUUUUGUACUGGUUACAUGAAUAAAACCUUAAAAUCAA